AAUACUUAGAUGUGCUAAGACUGACAGAGGACUACAAAUCUGCUAUAGAUCAUUUAGACAUACAGCCAAGAUGUUCUGCUUUGGAUUACUUCAAACCCAUGCAUCUAAAAUGUCUGCCUCAUGGAUCAGUUUAACCUUUCUUUGCACAAUGGUGUGCAUGUGGACUAGCGUGGACUGCUGGUCUUAUUACUACUCUAACAAAACCAUGAAUUGGGAACAAGCUAGAGACUGGUGCAAGACCCAUUACACAGACAUGGUGGCCAUCCAGAACCAGGAGGAGAUUGCAUAUCUCAACGACUGGCUGCCCAAGAAACCCACUUACUACUGGAUUGGCAUUCGGAAGAUCAAUGAUGUCUGGACCUGGGUCGGCACCAACAAGCCCCUGACAGAUGAAGCCAGCAACUGGGCAAAGGAUGAGCCAAACAACGGCAAAACUACACAGACAACAGGGAAUAAUGAGGACUGUGUGGAGAUGUACAUCAAGAGGCGUGAGCAGACGGGCAAGUGGAACGAUGAGAGAUGCGGGAAACCAAAGACUGCGCUGUGCUAUUCAGCCGCCUGCAAGAAUGAUUCAUGCCUCUACGGAGACUGUGUAGAGACCAUCAACAGCCAUAGGUGUGAGUGCUAUGAAGGAUUUUACGGAGAAAAGUGUGAUCAAAUUGUUAAGUGCAACAAAGAUGAGGUGACAGUCCCCGAUAAAGGGAGUGUAAACUGCACUCAUAGGUAUGGAGACUUCUUUUACGAUUCCCUGUGCCAGUACUCCUGUGAGGAAGGAUACAACCUGAGUAUGACGAGGCCGUUGAGAUGCACUGCUUCUGAAGCCUGGUCAGAUCAGCCUCCAACCUGUGAAUUGGUUCAGUGCCCGGGGCUGUCACAUCCGGACAGGGGUUCCAUGACAUGCUCUGAUCCCCUGGGCCUUUCCAGUUUCCAGUCCACUUGUGUAUUUACUUGUGAUGAAGGCUAUGUGCGUUCCGGUUCCAGCUCUGAUGUUUUGCAAUGUGAAGCAACAGGAAACUGGAAUGCCUCGCAGCCUUCUUGUAAUCCUGUCCAGUGUUCGUCUCUCACAGAGCUGGAGAAUGGUUUCAUCAACUGUGGAGAUGAUGCCAACACAAAGUUUACCUAUGAAAAUACCUGCACCUUCAGCUGUGCUCCUGGAUAUAAGCUGGUGGGAUCAGAAACAGUCACAUGCAUGUCAUCAGCUGAGUGGAGUGAGAGUAUGCCCCACUGUGAAGCCAUCACCUGCCAGACUCCAGAAAAAGAAGAUCAUCUGAUCGUUCAGUGCAGCGGUCUUGAAUCUGAUCUGCGUCCUGAAUCCACCUGCAGCUUUAGCUGUGAGGCCGGCUUUGAACUACAAGGAGAGCAAACUAUUCAGUGUUCUGGAAAUGGAGAGUGGAAUGAAGUUGCACCUACCUGCAAAGCCAUCACCUGCCAGAUUCCAGAAAAAGGAGAUCACCUGAUCAUUCAGUGCAGCGGUCUUGAAUCUGAUCUGCGUCCUGAAUCCACCUGCAGCUUUAGCUGUGAGGCCGGCUUUGAACUACAAGGAGAGCAAACCAUUCAGUGUUCUGGAAAUGGAGAGUGGAAUGAAGUUGCACCUACCUGUAAAGCAAUCAGUUGCCCUGCACCUGAGAUUUCACCAAGAGGCGUGGUCAGCUGCACACCCUCCCCCUCUUCGCCACCUUCUGCUGACACCCAGUAUCCUCUUGGUACAGUCUGCACUUUCAGCUGCGAUGAAGGCCAUGAGCUACAAGGAGACCUCAGUAUGGAGUGUGCCCAUCCCGGCCAGUGGACCUCCACAUCACCAACAUGCACAGCAGUAAGAUGCCCUUUGCUUGAGGCUCCUGAAAAUGGUCAUAUCAACUGUUCAGCCAGUGAGUCAGUGUACAACUCUCAGUGCUCCUUCACAUGUGACCAAGGCUACUCAUUAGAGGGACUUGAGCGGCUGACUUGUGAUCAUCACGGCAACUGGACUGCAGAGAAACCCACCUGCAAAGAAGCAGAACCACCAUCUGAGAUUACAGCCAUUGCAUCUGGAGUGACAGUAGGGGGUGCUGUGUCAUUAUCUGGUCUGUCUUUGGCCAUGUGGCUCCUGAAACGACUGAGGCAGAAAGUAUCCAAGUUCGAGUUAAACAGCAACUCUGACAUAGAGGCCCCUCCCCAGGUCUACAAGAACAGCACUGAGAACCUCUUAUAGAACCCAGCAGAGACAGCUUUGUACACAGUGUAUUUUACAUUUUUCCAUGUAAUUGUAUUUUUGCUUCAUAGUUCAGUGUAAUUUGAAUAAUAUUUUAAAAAGUACAUUAAUUUGACACAUUGUAAAAACAGACUAUAUGCUAUCCGUUUUUUGUAACAGAAGGUUGUGUUUGAUUUGUUGUUACAUAUUCAAUUGAAUUUCACAAGAUUUGUGAUGUUCUGUACUGUGAUUACUCACCUGUGUAUUUCCUCCUAAGGGGAGUUUGUUCUUGAACAUAUUGUUCAACAGCUUCAUGCAGCAUGCUGGAGAUGUGGUUACUGAUGUUAUUGUAAAUGUUACAUGACAUUUUGGUUUGCCAUGUCAUUGCCAAACUGUGAAUAAGUUCAUUAUACAAUGAUAUUUAUGUAAUAUUUAUUUAAUAGAUGCUUAUUGUAUGUUUUUUUUUGUUUUUUUUGUCUUAUCCAUGUGUGUUAUCU